AUGGCGGCCGCGGCCCUGGCGGGCGGCGCCCCCUUCGGCCCUGCACUCGAGCUGCUGCCGGGACUGCGCGCGCCGGCCCGGGCGCGCCCGGAUUCAGUGACCUUCGAGGAUGUGGCCGUCUACUUCUCUGAGAACGAAUGGAUCGGCCUGGCCCCUGCUCAGAGGGUCCUGUACAGGGACGUGAUGCUGGAGAAUUAUGGGGUUGUGGCUUCCCUGGCAUUUCCAUUUCCCAAACCGGCUCUGAUUUCCCAGCUGGAGCGAGGGGAAGCGCCCUGGUGCAAGGCUCCUCAGGGAGCUCUGGAUGGAGAGUGCCCGAGGGGCGUCUCCACAGAGGGUGUGUUGAAGAGUGAGAAAGAAGAUUUUAUUCUGAAGGAGGAAGGUUUUGAGGAGGCAAAAGACCACAUGGUGCUGUCAAGUGGACCCCGGUGGUGUGGUUCCCAGGAAUUCUGGUUUGGGAAAACCUGUGAGGAGGGAAAAAGCAGGUUAGGGAGGUGGCGCAACUACUCCAAUGGGAAAAGUGUGGAGAACACUGCAAAUGAUGUUAUAGAAGUGAUUGUCAAAGAUGAGAUGAUCUCAGGAGAAGAUGGUUCAGAGAAUACUGAUGUUAAUACUCACCUUGUUAUACAUGAGAAGAUUCUCAGUGAGCAGGUGUUCUGUAUAUGUGAAGAAUGUGGCAAGUGUUUUGAUCAAACUGAAGACUUUGACCAACAUCAGAGAGUUCAUAAUGGAGAGAAGAUCUAUGGUUGUAAGGAAUGUGGGAAGACUUUCAGUUUUAGAUCACAUUGCCUUGCACAUCAGAGAAUUCACACUGGGGUGAAACCCUAUGUGUGUCAAGAAUGUGCUAAAGCCUUUGUUUGGAAGUCAAACCUGAUUCGGCACCAGAGAAUACAUACUGGAGAGAAGCCCUUUGAAUGUAAGGAAUGUGGGAAGGGCUUUAGUCAGAACACAAGCCUUACACAACAUCAGCGAAUCCAUACUGGAGAAAAACCAUAUACUUGUAAGGAAUGUGGGAAAAGCUUUACUCGGAACCCAGCCCUGCUUCGACAUCAGAGAAUCCACACUGGGGAGAAGCCUUAUGAAUGUAAGGACUGUGGAAAAGGUUUCAUGUGGAACUCAGAUCUUGCUCAGCACCAGAGGGUCCACACGGGGGAGAAGCCCCAUGAAUGUACUGACUGUGGGAAAAGCUUCAUUUGCAAGGCACACCUUAUCCGACAUCAGAGAAUCCAUACUGGGGAAAGGCCCUAUAAAUGUAAUGAUUGUGGGAAGGCCUUCAGUCAGAAUUCUGUUUUGAUUAAGCACCACAGGCGCCAUGCUAGAGAGAAACCCUGUAAUUAUCACACCUCUCACCUUCUUGAACAUUAG